CAGAGCUGUGGCUCCUCACCAGAAUUUCCAACCGUCCUCCUGGGCCGUAGGUUGGGUGUGAGCAGGGGCUGGAGCAGCACCGGCCAGAGGGAGGAAUUUCCAUUCACCACUUGCCCUUUAUGAACGCCGACGAGCACUUCUUCCACUGGGGAGAGUCCGGGGGUGUCAUGGAAAUGCUGCCCGGGGGCUUUAUAACGCCAAGGCGCAGGCAGGAGAGGCAGGUAGCUCACCGUAGCCCCGAAACAAGCGAGAGCUACGGGUCGCUGGAGCUGAUAAAGCCAGGUUGGAUAUGAAGCUCUUCUCCCUGACCCUGGUCGCCCUGCUGCUCGCUGCUGUCUGGACUGAAAGCUGGGGCUUAUCCUUCCGCAGCCCCCGCUCCAAAUGCUGCUACAAGGAUAUGUUCUUCCAGAAGAAAAUCCCUGCCUCGCUCAUCCGGAGCUACGAGGAGACGCUCCCAAACUGCUCCCGCAGAGGCGUGAGAGUGGAGCUGCUGAAGGGGAGGAAGGUCUGCGUGGACCCCGAAGAGCCCUGGUUCCAGGAGUACCUGAACAGACAGAAGCUGAGCAAUGCCGUGGUGUGAAGCCACCACCACCAUGCACCCUAUUUAUUUGUGCCUCCCCGCUACCUGCCCGUGGUGCCUCGUUAACCCCUGGGGCUGGCCCCAGCUCCUGCUGCCUUCGUCCCCCCUCUCUUCCUCUCCACACCCGUGUACAGCCCUUGGUGGCCUUAAUAAAGAGCCCUGUCCUGAACUGGA